AUGUUUAAACAAUUUGCAAUUCGUGGUUUGAGAACAAGCUCUUAUAUAAAGCUAGUGAAACCAUACAGUAAAUCUACACAGCAUGAAGUUAAAGAAAUAGAAAUUCCAGUACCUUGGGGCAAAGUGGCUGGUAAAUUAUGGGGAUCGCAAAAUAAACAACCUAUUCUGGCUUUGCAUGGUUGGCAAGAUAAUGCUGCAUCAUUUGAUAACAUAGCACCACUUAUCAUGAAAAAUACACCUGUUCUGGCAAUCGAUUUACCUGGACAUGGUCUAUCUUCAUGGCUACCACCAGGAUUUAUGUAUAAUGAAUUGAUAUACUUUUUGUUAGUUAAAAGAAUUAAAAGAUAUUUUGGAUGGGAAAAAAUAAAAGUAAUGGCGCAUUCCUUAAAUGCAAUGACAAUAUAUUGGUAUGCUGCGACUUUUCCAACAGAGCUACAAUAUGUUAUAGCUUUGGAUUUUUUCAAAUUUAUUUCUAUUAGUACAGACACGCAUACUUCUAUGUUUAGAAAUGCAGUUGAUACAUUUUUUAAACUCGAGGAAAGUUAUGUUCAAUUAAGUUACACGCAAAGUGAGAUUAUGAAAAAGAUAUCUACAGGAAUAUAUAUAAAUUUGGAUGAAUCAUCAAUUAAAAUACUUAUGACUAGAGGUAUCACGCAAAAAGAGGAUGGAAUGUAUAUUAUAAACAGAGAUCCUAGAAUGCGAGUUAUACCCAUCCAUAGUAUGUUUUCGUCAGAGCAAGUAGAAGAGUACGCAAAGUUUAUAACAUGCCCAUAUUUAAUAAUCAAAGGAGACAUUAAUUUUUAUGGUGAGGAUCAAGAACUCUUUUAUAAGACGCUGGAAAUAAUGAGAGCAACUAAUGACACAGUACAAUAUGAGAUUCUGUCAGCAACACAUCAUCUUCAUCUCACACAUCCAAAAGAUACAGCAGCAAUUAUUAAUCCCUUUUUAGAAAAGUAUGAUUAACUAUCCAUACGCUCUCAAAACACAAGUAUAAUUUUAUCGCGUUAAUUAUAAUGGAUAUAAUAUUAAUUUGUAUUUCUACACGGACUUCAAUUUUUGUUACUUGUUUAUCGACAGUGAUCUAGUCUUAUUGAAACAUCUGUAAUUGAUGUUGGCAAUUGAUAUACGGAGUGGGGGUAAAAAGUUGGUUCAAUGCUUUGA